GAAAAUGCCCACGUUGUACACGAAACAUCAGUCUCACUAGUGUUAUCUUACCACCUUUCUUCACCUUCUCGUAUAUCCUUGAUUUGGCUUUAACCACAGACACACGUGGGAACUCCGAAAGAAAGAAAGAAAGAAAUGGAGGAGACAUUGUUGCCAAAAGAAAACAAGAGGGUGACCUUAACAAACUCAAAGAGUAGUAGUGGCUUUGUCCAAGAGUUGAAGAAUGUGAGUUUGAUGGCAGCACCAAUGGUGGUGGUCUCAGUGUCACAGUUUUUGCUGCAAGUGGUGUCAUUGAUGAUGGCUGGUCAUCUUGGUGAACUCUCCCUUGCAGGGGUUGCAUUGGCUACUUCCUUUGCUGAUGUCACUGGCUUUAGCAUACUUAUGGGAAUGGCUGGUGCUUUGGAAACUCAAUGUGGCCAAUCAUUUGGAGCAGAGCAAUUUCAUAAGCUUGGAAACUAUGUCUUCUGUGCAAUACUCUCUCUCAUUUUAAGUAGUGUCCCAAUAUCUAUCAUAUGGAUUUUCAUGGAUAAACUGCUUAUUCUUUUGGGGCAAGACCAUGCUAUUUCACUAAUAGCAGGAAACUACUGCAUUUGGCUCAUUCCUGCACUCUUUGGUUAUGCUGUUCUUCAAGCUUUGGUUCGUUAUUUUCAGACUCAGAGCUUGAUCUUUCCAAUGUUGGUAACCUCAGUUGUUGUUUUAGUUUUGCACAUACCUAUUUGUUGGGUACUAGUGUUUGGACUGGGACUUGGACAAAAUGGAGCAGCAAUAUCCAUUGGAAUUUCAUAUUGGCUCAGUGUCAUGUUACUUUUAAUUUACACAAAGUAUUAUCCAUCAUGUCAGAAAACUAAGAUAGCCUUAGGUAGCAAUGCUUUAAGAAGCAUCAAGGAGUUCUUCUUCUUAGCCAUCCCAUCUGCACUUAUGAUUUGUUUUGAGUGGUGGUCAUUUGAGCUGGUAGUAAUACUUGCUGGACUUUUACCAAAUCCCAAACUUGAAACUUCCGUUCUAUCAAUCUGCCUUAACAUUUGCACCUUGCACUAUUUCAUUCCAUAUGGAACCGGUGCUGCAGUAAGUACCCGGGUUUCGAAUGAAUUAGGGGCACGAAGACCACAGGCAGCGCGAGAGGCUGUUUUUGCUGUAAUUGUUCUAGCAUUCACGGAUGCAGUUGUCUUUAGCUCUGUUCUCUUUUGCUUCCGUCAUGUGUUGGGAUUUGCAUUUAGCAAUGAGAUGGAAGUUGUACAUUAUGUUGCAAAGAUAGUUCCUGUGCUUUGUCUCUCUUUCAUGGUGGAUGGCUUUCUAGGAGUUUUGUGUGGAAUUGUCAGAGGCAGUGGAUGGCAGAAGAUAGGGGCAAUUACCAAUCUUGUAGCAUAUUAUGCCGUGGGAAUCCCUGUGUCUCUCUUGUUUGGUUUUGGUCUUAACUUCAAUGGUAAAGGCCUUUGGAUUGGAAUAUUAACCGGAUCUACACUACAAACAAUAAUACUGGCUUUGCUGACAGCAUUUACAAACUGGGAAAAACAGGCAUCUUUGGCAAUUGAGAGAUUAUCCGAGCCUGAUGAGACUGUUUUUUAAGGUCAUAACGGGUUAGUUUGCGCUUGAAAAUGAAGGAAGAACAAAGGUUUUGUAACCCUGUUAGUGAAAUAUUUACUGCUUAUGAAACCUUGUUUAUUUUAUUUUGUUAUGCGUAAAAAUUAAAAACAGAUACAACAAUUCACGUAUUCCUGUUGAAGUAAUUAAGCUAGACUCUUUAUUG